AAUUAUUUGAAGAAGAAGAAGUGAGUUCAGUUCAGACAUGGCGCUGCAGGCACUAAACAUUUGGACUCGUGUUAUUCUGACCGACGCGUCCAGAGCAGCGGUGUUUCGGGGAUCCCUGCAGUCACACUGUUUCAAGUGUCGACAUGGAGCCAAGCGCUUUCUCUUAUCUGAAGAUGUGGUGAAGCUGCAGGAGUUCCAGCAGAAGAAACUCUCCCAUGAAAUGUCACAAUUGAAAGAUUAUCGUUUUGAUAUAGUGAAUCAGAAACUGGAGAAAAAUGAGAUCAUUUUAAAGACUGAGCUGAAAACUCUACUGCAUUCAUGCCAGUCUGCUGAGGAUGUUAUUGUGGCCAGAAAUGUCAUUAAAAGAUACCAUGAAAAUAAUCGAACCACAGUGUUUGGGGAAUUCAAGUUUGGUCCUCUUUUCAUGAGAUUAUGCUAUGAACUGGGUUUAGAGGAGCUGGCAGCCACAACUAUAAAAGAUCCGGCUCUCAAAGGAUUUUUUUCAGACACCACUUCUUUUAAUAUCACCAUUGACAUGCUGUUUAAUAAACAACUCUAUGAAAGUGGCUUGGAGGUGGUUGGAGAAAUGAAAAAACAAGGAGUGUCGCUCAGCAGAGACACCUUCAUGCUUGUCUUCGCUAUUUGUUAUAAACUGAACACCUCAAGGUCAUAUCAUAUAUGUUUGACCCUGUUGGAAGAAGGUCAGACAAAAGGCAACAUCAUCCCUCGACGUGCCUAUUGCUUUGCAAUUGCUCUUGCUUUAAAACAGAAUGAUCUAGAAAGAGCCCAGAUCUUCUAUUCUCACAUCAUGAGCACAGGGACUCGGCUAUGCCAGAACCUGAGGGUUUUCAUAUUGGCUGUAAAAGGGUCCAUGAAAGAGGCAGUUUAUGUCCUCAAAACAGCCAGAAUAUCAGAGACUCCAGUGCUGGUGAGGAAACCAGAGUUUUCUCGAGAAGUGGUAAAUGUAUUAAGAAGAAAGAGUGCUGGUAGUGUUUGGGAGGAGAGGGUAGAACAGGUGCUGACACAGUUAGAAAAGGCCGGUCAGAUCACGGAGAUGACACUUGAUGAUUUGCUGUGUUACACUCCAUCAAGGAAGAGGAGACUUCUGGAGCUACCACAGAAAGACAGACAAAUCAAACAAAGGACUCGUAAAUCUCUUCAGUCUGGACUGCUGUUAGAAUGAACCUAUAGAAAGAGGACACAUCUAGACUCUCAAGUUUAGUAUUUAUAUUAUACACAGUGUUCUUGAUUUACACAUUCUGAAGGCACAACCUGUUCAAUCUCGGGCUUUUACAUGAGCACCUCCUGCUGGUUUAAGCCAGUUACUGUUUCCUUCAGUUGCUGUAAUCAAGUUAGGAAUUAAGUCACUUUAAUAAAGUGUAGUUUGUCUA